UAUGUAACCCAAAAGAUUAGAAAAACAUUUCUAUUUUACUUGCACUCUAUCACCAAAUCCAACACCUAAGACAUUAAUUUAUCACUAAUAAUCACCUUCUACUUAAACUGCAUUUCUACUAUAAAUUGCACCAUUGGUUAACUCAAAUAUUCACAAUUAGUCCACAAAACUUGAACUAGCAGCUACAAUUCUACAAACCUACAAUUGAUAUCAUAUUUUCAUCAUGAAGGGUUCCUCUCAAGUUUCACCAUUCUUAGCAAUCACAAUAGUGACACUACUUUUCUUGUUUUCACCUUCCUCGGAUGCUGUGAUUACAUGCAGCACAGUGAUCAAGAAUGUAGCGCCUUGUGUGAGUUACCUCAGGAGUGGGAGUGGGAUGCCGCCACCUGCUUGUUGUUCGGGUGCCAAGGCUCUUGCAGCAGCUGCUAGCACCACGGCCGAUAGACAGGCUGCCUGUAAAUGCCUCAAGUCAGCUUCCCAAAGUCUAAACCCAAACCCUGGGUUAGCUAAAUCACUUCCUGGAAAAUGUGGGAUCAAUUUGGGCUUCGCCAUCUCAACUAACGUUGAUUGCACCAAAAUCACUUGAGAUAUCAAAGCUACAAUCGACAGAAAUUGCCUGUAUGAUAUAUGCAUGCAGCAACAGUUGGAUGGGUCGUCUCGUGUUUAAUCAGACUAAUAUUGCAUCUAGAGUUAUAUUGGUUUUUCAAUAAUAAGUGUUGUUUGCCCUACUCAUCGUAUGGGGUUAACAUACAAUGAGAAAUUCGUGUACUAUGUUAUGUAAUAUUAACGUCUGUAUUUCUAUGCUUCUUAUACUAAUAUCAGAUGGUUUUAAUGA